AUGAAGGCGACACUGCUGGUGCUGCUGUUGUCUGUUGUGGGCGUGACGGUUUCCUGUGGUCUUCAACAGUCUGAGUGGGGAACUGGCCCAGGCUGGGCAAAAGUUUUCUACCCCUUCUUUGUUAUUGAGAACACUGUCUUAGGAGAGUCUGACAGGUUCCUUGGCAGCUACACUUUUAAAGUAGUUGGUGGGGGACCGUAUUCAAGAGAAAACAUACGUUAUUACAGUCAAGAGGAAAUUCUGAAGUUUAACAGCCUCAAUUACAGUGAGAGCUCUCAGCAGACUCUUGUGUGGAUGUUUGAAGACAUUCCAGACUCUUUCCCUCUGACUAAAGAGGGCUUCAUAGUCAUGAGGGGCACCUCCAACAGGGUCAGAUGGCUGUGUCAGAGGAACUCUCCCUGUGGUGAUUUGACACCUAGAAAUCUGCUUGAUCCAGAUUUUUUCUUCAUUAUUGAGGUCUCCAACAAGUAAGUCUGCUUAUUUGGGAUUGUAACUUUAUUUUUCCUUUAGGAAUAUUUAAGACCAACAUUGUGUCUUGCUUAAAUU